GACGGGCUGGUGGCGACGGCGGUGGCGGCCGCGGCGGUCUUCAGCGGCGCCCAGUGCAGGAUGGUGCUGGCGGCGGCGGCGGUGGCCCUGGUGGCGGCGGCGUCGUUUGGCGCAGCGGGAGGGGUGCUGUGGCGAAAGCGGCGCCCGCGGGCGGUAUAAAUGGCGGAUUUCGAGGAGUUGAGGAAUAUGGUUUCUAGUUUUAGGGUUUCUGAACUACAAGUGUUACUAGGCUUUGCUGGACGGAAUAAAAGUGGACGUAAGCAUGACCUCCUGAUGAGGGCGUUGCAUUUACUGAAGAGCGGCUGUAGCCCUGCGGUUCAGAUUAAAAUCCGAGAAUUGUAUAGACGCCGAUACCCACGGACUCUUGAAGGACUUACUGAUUUAUCCACAAUCAAAUCAUCGGUUUUCAGUUUGGAUGGUAGCUCAUCACCUGUAGAACCUGACUUGCCUGUGGCUGGAAUCCACACGUUGCCUUCCACUUCAGUUACACCUCAUUCACCGUCCUCCCCUGUAGGUUCUGUGUUGCUUCAAGAUACUAAACCCACGUUUGAGAUGCAGCAGCCAUCUCCCCCAAUUCCUCCUGUCCAUCCUGAUGUACAGUUAAAAAACUUGCCCUUUUAUGAUGUUCUUGAUGUUCUCAUCAAGCCCACGAGUUUAGUUCAAAGCAGUAUUCAACGAUUUCAAGAGAAGUUUUUUAUUUUUGCUCUGACUCCUCAACAAGUUAGAGAGAUAUGCAUAUCCAGGGAUUUUUUGCCGGGUGGUAGGAGAGAUUAUACAGUUCAAGUUCAGCUGAGACUUUGCUUGGCAGAGACCAGUUGCCCUCAAGAGGAUAACUAUCCCAAUAGUCUAUGUAUAAAAGUAAAUGGGAAGCUCUUUCCUUUGCCUGGCUAUGCACCACCACCUAAAAACGGGAUUGAACAGAAGCGCCCUGGACGCCCUUUGAAUAUUACGUCUUUAGUGAGGUUAUCUUCAGCUGUGCCAAAUCAGAUUUCCAUUUCCUGGGCAUCAGAAAUCGGAAAGAAUUACUCCAUGUCUGUAUAUCUUGUACGACAGCUCACAUCAGCCAUGUUAUUACAGAGAUUAAAAAUGAAAGGUAUUAGAAACCCUGAUCAUUCCAGAGCACUAAUUAAAGAAAAACUUACUGCAGAUCCUGAUAGUGAAAUUGCUACAACUAGCCUUCGGGUAUCCUUGAUGUGCCCUUUAGGGAAAAUGAGGCUGACAAUCCCAUGCCGAGCAGUGACUUGUACACAUCUGCAGUGUUUCGAUGCUGCUCUUUAUCUGCAAAUGAAUGAGAAGAAGCCCACCUGGAUUUGUCCUGUAUGUGACAAGAAAGCUGCCUAUGAAAGUCUAAUUUUAGAUGGGCUUUUUAUGGAAAUUCUCAAUGACUGUUCUGAUGUGGAUGAGAUCAAAUUCCAAGAAGAUGGCUCUUGGUGUCCAAUGAGACCGAAGAAAGAAGCUAUGAAAGUAUCCAGCCAGCCGUGCACAAAAAUAGAAAGUCCAAGUGUCCUCAGUAAGCCUUGUUCAGUGACUGUCGCCAAUGAGGCAAGCAAAAAGAAAGUGGACGUUAUUGACCUAACAAUAGAAAGCUCUUCCGAUGAAGAGGAAGACCCUCCUGCCAAAAGGAAGUGCAUCUUUAUGUCAGAAACACAAAGCAGCCCAACCAAAGGGGUGCUCAUGUACCAGCCGUCUUCGGUAAGGGUGCCCAGCGUGACUUCGGUGGACCCUGCCGCUAUGCCGCCCUCAUUGACGGACUACUCAGUGCCGUUCCACCACACGCCGAUAUCGAGCAUGUCGUCGGAUUUGCCAGGUUUGGAUUUUCUUUCCCUUAUUCCCGUUGAUCCCCAGCAGUACUGUCCUCCUAUGUUUUUGGAUAGUCUCACCUCACCCUUAACAGCAAGCAGUACGUCUGUCACCACCACCAGCCCCCAUGAGAGCAGUGCUCAUGUUAGUUCAUCCAGCAACAGGAGUGAGACAGGGGUCAUAACCAGCAGUGGAGGUAACAUUCCUGACAUCAUCUCAUUGGACUAAAGGAGGACUCACUCAGUUCUAGGAAUCAUUCAUCAAAACUGCUCUUUCUUGGAUCUCGGGUCCAUGGAAGCUAUUUUUUUUAUAACAGUUACUUUGAUAUUUAUUAAAACGUCAAAUGGAUUCUUUUGCUUUCUGAGAGAUGAACACAGAUGACUGCAGCAAGAACCAAAUGACACACAAGACUUUCUUACUCAUGCUGUAUUCUCAGCAUCAGAUGCGUUCAGCCAUAACUGUAUCUUCCUGGGAGAUGGAUUUCAGUUUCAUGUUACUGGAUGGAUUCUGCAAAUCAGUUAAACAUAUUUUUGGUUGUAAUAAACAGCAAUAAAAUCAUGUAAAUGUUCAAGUAAACUUUUUUCUAAUUAAAAAAAAAAAGAUGUAAUCAGUGAUUCUGAAAUGACAGCAAAGUUUGUUUAACCUGAUGUGAAGGAAAAAUAUAUGGAAAGAAAUUAAGCUUGCCAAAUGAGUCCCUAACGUGGAGAUUUGGUCUCUUCCGUUGAACUGAUGAAGUCUUGAUAAGUGGCCAAAGCUUGGGUUCCACUUUUCUUCUGCAGUUCCAGUUUUCUUCCUGAUUCCAUCAAAGAAAAUGGCCUUUGUGUUAACACAUUUUUUUCCCUGGUUGUCAUUUACACUUUGAUAUUGCUUGCUACUGAAUACAGAGAGAAGUUCUAGGAUUCGGCUACUCUGUAUUAGCGAGUAUGUUGAACACUACACAGAUUCUGCCCUGACACCAUGUGUGUGGUUUUUGGUAAUUGAACAUUUCAUUGUAGGGAUUUCUAUAAAUUUUGGGCUUGCCUUUUCAAAAAGAAUUCUAUGCAGCCAUUGAAGGAAAUGUUUUUGGAGUAAGGUGGCUGGAGUGUGUGUUAGAAUUGUGUUCAUACCAUCCAAAAGUAUUGAGAACUUAGAGGCAGUGGAAGAACAGAUUUGGGGGAAGUGGGAAUAACAAAGUUUAACUUGUUUCUAAGAACUUCUUUUGCCCAUUUACUUUAUAGAAUAAUAUUCAAGUUUUUGUUGAAACUUUUCACAUUUUCAUAACACUGACCAGAAUAUAUGUUUUAGAUCUCUGAUUAUAUUGAAAGAAAAAGCAAAUAGCAAGAGAUAGGGAUGGCAUCAGAUUUCCUUUUUCUUUUUUAAAGAGAAAACCCUCCUGAAAUCACAAAAGACAAAACAGAAUUAGGAAAGUCUGAAUUUAAAUAAAGAAGUGUGGGUAGGAGGAUGAGCCUUAACCCCACUUUGAAAACCACUGUCUGAUAGUGUGCAUUUGAUUUUAAAUCCCUCAAGAAACUGAAUUCUACCCUUAGAGAAACAUUUUCAUUUAACUUCCAUAUUUUCUUUUGCUUCGUUUGGCUUCCUAAAUAAUUUUCGAGUUCUCAAGGAGUUAAUACUUUCCCAGUGCUUAGCUUUCUCUCCCCAAUCUGUCUCUAUUUUAAAGAUAAAGCCCUUUUUGUAAAACGACUAACCUAACUGAUUCUCAGGCUCAAGUGCCCAGAUGAAGAGUAUCAAUUUCAGUUGGAAUCUCAGAGACCCUUGACUUCAGGGUUGGUGCAACUCCAGGGAGCUGACCUGUCGAGUGCUUGGGUUUUGCGCCUCCUCGAGUUGUCACGGCCUGUGUGUACCUUUUGUACUGACUUACGUCCAUGUGAUUUCCUGUAUCAUCCCUUUGACUACAGCGCCCCUCACCUAAUAAACUCGCAGUAGUUGUGCCCUAGUUGCCAGUUCUAGCUUGUCAUUAGAUUUCCAGUCCAUGUUCUAGUCUUUUGGUCCAGAUACAGAAUUUCUUCAUGGUAAAAUUUUAUGUUGCUGCUUUAAAUACAGAUGUAAUUUCUGUUAACUCUGUAUUCAGAUAGAAAAAGUAACCUGAUUUGUGUGAUAUAAUUUGUUAAUAAAGAAAUGAAGUAUAUUUGUUAUCAUUUUGUCACCCUUCAGAUUCUCAGACUCCCCUCCCCAAUUUAACCAACAGAGUUUUUAUAAGGUAAAUGAAAAUAUUAAUAGAAAUUAGUUUAUUUUCUUGGUUCUUGUAAUGGAUACCUCUGCUUUUGUAGUUGUGAUUUGUUUCCUUUUUGAUGUUUUAUGUGAACAGCUUUAGUGUUCGUUUUGGUGCUUCCCACUGAAAUUACAUACACAUUUUUAAUUUAUGUCAUGCAGGUGACUUAACAUUUUUUAAAAAUCAUUUAAGUUUAUAAUCUUAAAAUUGGGGUUUUGCCCGUGUAUCUUGGAAGAUGAGCACUUUUCUUUAUGCCUUUGGCCUUAUGAUAACGGCAUGGUUAUUAAGCCAUUAUCCCUUUCUCGGUGUGGUCACUAAGUAUUUUCACCAGGACCCUCAGUUUUUAGCAGUUGGUUUUGCUAGCCCAGACUUUCUGUUUAACUAGGUAUAAGGCAGUUUCAGAGGAGGUCGUCUUAACUGUUGCUUAGAUACCGGUGAUUAUGUAGAGUAUUCUGUUUAAGAAAAGGAUCUGCAGUCACCAGUCUCUUACAGACACCUGCCACCCUUUGUUGUUAUCUUUACUCUCAUAGAAAUCUUAAGGGCUUUUCUUGCUUUGGCAACUCCUGACAGUGUACUUGGUGCUGCAUAUAGCUUCACGCCUAAGGUCUGCUUACAUUCACUAAUUUUCUGACCCUUAGGUGAGCCUCUUUAGGAUUCUACUUCCAUUUCUGCUCAGAAGGUGUAAAUACCUGGCAUUUGGUCCCAGGACAGUUAUAAAGGCCCAAUGGAGCAGUAGAGGUAAAUUGAGGUUCUACGGCGCUCAUCUGAUGUGUUUCAGGAAAGCUAGAAUGCAAAUACCAUGAUUAGAAAUUCUGCAUAUGAAUAAGUUGAUUUGUAACUCCUGGUAUAAAACAAGUUUCCCUUAGGGUAGAAUCUUCAGGAGUUUGAAGAAGAGGAAGAUGUUGCAUCUUAGGUGAAGUGUUCCCCAGAGACUGUUCCGACUUGGAGAUUCAGACCUUGCAGACGUUCUGCCUUCAGACCAGUCCUGGACACUUAGGAUUUAGUGACCAGUUGUCUGUCUUCCUUCUGCCGAUAAAGUCUUUACUAGUUACCUUUCGUCUUUCUAAAGUUGAUUUUUACAAAGCAUUAGUUUAAGUCUCAUAGGCCAUUCAUUUCUAGCCCCCAGUUGGUCAAAAAGCAUUCAACGGUUUCAUUUUUUUUUUAAGUAAACACCUUUAUUUUCCUCAUUCUCUUUCCAUCUGGAAAAAUGUAGAGCAGUGUGCCAUUUAAACUUGGGUUCAACACUGUAUGUAGUGGCCCUGGAUCCGUGAGACUCGGGAGCUCACAGUCAUGGAGAUGGGCGAUUAACAGCUCAAUCUGACCAGCUUUUUGCUACAGCUUUACAGUAAUAUGGUGAAACUUGUGGAAAAGACUUAAGAAUUCCUCUGCUUUUUUAAGAGUCUGAUGCUACUGUCAAAUAAAUGAUUGGUUUGUAAGCAUUUUUUGUUGUUGUUGCUAGGAACCACACCAGUUCCUAGCAGAAACAAAUAAAGCUAUAUAGAAAUGUCCAUUCUUCUUUAAUGCUUGUCUGAUUCCAUAAUGUUUUUGUUUCAUUUAACACAGUUAUGCAUUGUCAUUAUGGAAAAUUUAGACAACACAGAAAAGUAUAAGGAAAAAUAAUAGCCUGUAAUUCUGUCAUCUGGGGUGGGAAGAAAGCACUUGAGUAUUUUUGCAUAUUUCUUGCUAGCUUCUCUGCUACUUUGCUUGUUUUUACAUAGUUUUACUGAUUCUUGGUAUAAUUUGUGUCUUGGUUUGAUUCUCAAUCUGAAGACACAAUUCCAUGUCAUUAAAAACUGUCAGCCUUGAUUAGUUGCAUGAUACUCCAUGGAGUGUGCCACGGUUCACAGUGCUUUUCCCUGUUGGACAGUUUAGGUUGCAUCUCAUGUUACAGUUGAGUGUCUUUUUGCAUAACUCUUUAGGAAAAAUUCCUAGAGGUGCGUCUCUGGGUCAAGGAUAUGAACAUUUUGUAGUUCUUGCUUCAUGUCACCUUUGCAAGUGGAUACACUAGUUUAUACUCCAAAUACGUGGUAUAAGAAGAGCUGUCUGAUUGUAUUCCGGGAACGUGCAUGACUUAACCUCUCUGUAGGUGUCUGAACUAAGCCCUCUGCCCUUCUGACCCUGCUGGGCUGGGCUAACUGACUUGGAGGUAGGUGGUCAGCUACGGUUUUCCUGGGCUUUCUCAGUUUCACGUGUAUCUGACGUGUUCCACAAACACCCAUGUGUAGAUGUCCCAGUGAUUUCUUGUAGUUUUAUUUGCACUGUGAAGUAGCCCCUUGCCAGACUACAUUUUCCAGUCUUAGUUAGAAAAUACUGACACAAAAAUAUCGUUUGUGCCUAGGGCCGGGCCUUAGUAGCCAGCUCUCUCUUUUGCUCUUCCCGUAGGCUCCAUUUUGGCCUUUCUGAGCUCCCCAAAGCCAGUAGGACCCCCUGAGCCAAAGGCAGUCCAACCCAAACUUGAAAUGUGGUGAGGCGGGAACAAUAGAGCUGGGCCGAGCUUGGCUUAGUUCACUUCGUGUUCUUGGGCGUGCCCAGGCAGACCUUGGUGUUCGUUCUACGGGCAGCUGUGGGGAAGGGAGAGCAGAUCGCCCUCUUCAGGUGUUUGUUCACUUCUUGAUUAGCAUACCACAUGGAUCAUUUCCCAGCUGCUUUUUAUUUCUGAGUGGCUUUUAAAGCUUAUUUUGAAUUCUCAAAGCAUACCUUUUUUAAGUGAAGGACAGUGAAGUAUGGUGUUAUAAAAUAGAAUAUCCUCUUGUUUCGGCCUUCAUCAGACUACUCAACAAAUACUUAUUCAGCAUGUUUUGUAAGUGUAUGUGGGAUUCCGUAGUAUAAAUGAUCUGGUCCCAGACUUCAAAGGGUUUAUAAUCAAGUUAUCAAAAAUCAAGGUCCUUAUCUAACACAAAAUGUGCUAAGAACUUUACAAAAACGCCUCGGUCCUUACAGUAGCACUUCAAAGGAGAGUGGUGGUGUCCCCAUUUUACAAAUGAAGAAACAUGUAGGUGAGUGUCACAGUGGACUUGGGGGUCUAAAAAGCCCUCUAACUAAACCGGAGUGGCAUUAAUUAGGUGCGCCAUUUAGGAGACAGAUAAGAGAACCUAGACAUAAAUUAUGAGAACUCACUUCAGACGUGGGCACAGGAAAAAGGAAGGGAGUGGGUACUGGGGUCAAAGGAAUACUCGAGAUUCAGCGACUGAGUGGGUAUAGGUGUAAAAGCUGAGUCCAUUUCUCAGGCCUGAACAACCAGGAUAAUGGUGCUGUUUGCAGAGACAGGAGGCAGCUGAAAUGGCCAUUAGUCUUCUGGGGGGACAAGGGUAAGUUGGAUAACAAACUCAUCUUUGUUGCAGUCUAAAGAAGUGCAAAUUUUCCAUGUCUUCCAUUUUUACCUUUACUCGUCUUCAUUCUGCAUGUAUUCUAGUCAUGCCCAGUUGCCCAUCCUCUCCUCCCUAACCCAUGCUCGGCUGCAUCUCAACCUUUUCAGGACAAAUUUUGUUGUUGCCUGAAGUGUGGCCACGUCUUGCUCUCUCCAGUGUGGUCUGUGCUCGUAUUCCACGGAUCUCGAGGUGGUGGUUGCUGCCCUUUCUAUCAUAAUUUCUAAACUUCUCCCAAGGCCUCUGACAAAAAUCUGCCCCUUUGCAGCCCAUGCCAAGAGGUUCUAUCAGCUGCUGUUACCAUGCACCCCGAUCACUCCAUUCGGCUUAUCGAAGGCUUCACUUCCUGAGUGAUGGUGGUAUUCUUGGUAUCCUCAUUCUUAUGGAUGGUCCACCCUGCAGCGUGGCUUGUGAGACGGUUGGUUAUCUCAUCUACAACAUUAUCUUCCAAGAAACUCCCUAUGGCCAUUUUACCUCUUGUUUUCUCUACUAGUUCAGCUUUGACUUCUCCAUCAUCACAGCCUUGAACAUAUCCUUGCACCCCUCCCUCUCAGUCAGUUACCCCUUAACUUGGCUCUGCAUGGUUCUUUAGCCCCUUCUCACCAAUUAUUAUAAUCACCCCCUCCAUCAGAAGACCCAGUGCCAGUACCUCAGCAUGAGUGCUUCACCCUUGCUUGCUUGUUCCAGUUUCAGAUGAUGUAGGCCUUUGACCCUUUCCUUCCUGUCGUCUUCAGGACCUUUCUCCAUCAGGCUUUCCCUCUAUGCCUUUCAUCUGCACAGCUUUUGCCUUACAAAAGUGUCAUUCGUCAAGUGCUUGACAUCUGCACAUGCCAGGCAUUGUAUCAGGCACUUGGAACCCGAGAUGGCUAGGUCCCUGCCAGCACCAAAGUUGUACUCCAGUAGAAUAUGCAAAAUAGUGAAAUAGGGAGAUUAAAAUGCAACUCUGGAGGGUGCUACAGCAGCACGUAGGUGAGACAACUAAUUGGUUUAUGGGGGUAACAUCCAAGGAGCAGGGGAGUCGAUUGGAAGUGUGUCAGAUAGAGGGCUGAAAUGUUCACAAUGGCUGGACAUUUGUUCAGGAAUAUUAAGAGAAGUGUGUAAGAAAUGAAGGGCCUUGUAAAGCAGUGAGAAGGCAAUGAAGAGUUCUCACAAUGAGUCAUUACAGUAACGAGCAUUUGUUGAGUUUGGUGUGAUUGUCUCCAUGUCACAAACGUGGAAACAGAUUCUGUGGGUAAGUUACUUGCCUGAGGUCAUGCAGCUUGUAAGUGGGGAACCACGUUUCAAACCCAGCUUUUAACCACAAGAGAAGCCUUUCCUGAUUGUUCUUUCUAAGAAGGAGGUGUUUCCUAACUAUCCUUAUCACAUCAUUCAGGUUAUAUCUUACGUGGCACUUAUUACAGCCUGUACCUAUUUUAUGUAUUAGUUCAUCGUGUACUGUCAAUUUCCCUGACUAGAUUGUAAGCUCCACAAGGGCAGGGGUGAUACCUUAUUUCACUUGCAUCCCAGAGCCUGACAUGGUGUGGUGCACAGUAGGUGCUCAAUAAAUAUUUGUGAAUGAAAAA